CGCCAGCGACCUCCAAGUUCUGCAGAGACCCGGCACCUACUUCCAUCGCUGCCUACCUGACAUCCACAGCGACAAUACCAUACACUGCUCUUCGUCGACGUGGAGGAGGCCCUACCUAUAGUGCGAGCAUCAGCAAUUCCAUCGUUUCACAGAAGAGCGGGACGACGCCGCCGCCGCCGCCGCUGCUGCCCCUCGCAGAACACGAGCACUGGACUAUCACCUCCAGUCGUGCACACCACCAGGCCAAACAAGUGGCAAACUGGAGUGCCAACUUCUUGAUCACCCAGCAACCUUCUAGACACAGCAAUCGGCACCAGCAUGUCGUGGAAGCUCACCAAGAAACUCAAGGAGACCCAUCUUGGGGCUCCCUUCUCCAAUACCUUCUCGCGAUCCUCGUCGCAAUCCACCAUUGUCGAUUCGGCACAGAAAGCGCCUGCCACGACGACCACUGCACCGGGCACCCAGACUUCUAGCACUCCGUCCUCGACCUCGACCGCUUCGAAUGGCGCUGCGGAUCCACAGGGCAUUGCUGCCUCCGAACAGAUGGCAACUGCGCCAGCGGCACCCGCGAAGCCAGGCAUUCUCAUAUUGACUCUACAUGAGGGCAAGGGCUUCAGUUUGCCCCCUGGACAGGAACAAAUAUUCCAACGACCGGGACACGGUGGGAGUAUGAGUACUGGGUCCUUUGCGGGCAGUUACACGGGGGGUAACAGCGCGAGACCAGGCUCAAGUGCCCAGAAUCAAGGAGGCUUCCGCCCGGUAUCGGCCAGUGGCGGCGGUAUAAACAACAUGCCCUCGACGCAUGGUCGUUACAGCAGCAGGUACUUGCCGUAUGCACUCGUCGAUUUUGAUAAACAGCAGGUCUUCGUCAAUGCUGUUUCGGGCACGCCCGAGAAUCCGGUCUGGGCUGGAGAGAAUACUCAAUACAAAUUCGAUGUGAGCCGGUCGACCGAGAUCAGCUUAUCUCUCUAUCUUCGCAAUCCGAACUCUCAGAACAACAACAGACAGCAAGACAUAUUCAUCGGGACUUGCCGCCUAACUCCGACAUUCCACGAACAUGUGCAGGCUAGCGCAACGCAGCAAGCACAGCAGAGCACAGACAAGAGCAAGAAGGACAAGAACAUGCCCCCUCCAGCACCGUCGAACGAUGGCCAAACCUCAGGGGUUUCAUGGCAUGAUGUGCAAUUCGGGUCUGGAGCCAUCAAGUUGGGCGUGAAGUUUGUCGAAAAUCGACAACGGUCAUUGAAGGUCGAGGACUUCGAACUACUCAAAGUGGUAGGCAAGGGCAGUUUUGGCAAGGUCAUGCAAGUCAUGAAGAAGGACACCAACCGAAUCUACGCCCUCAAAACCUUGCGCAAACAACACAUCAUUUCAAGGUCCGAAGUAGCGCACACUCUGGCCGAGCGAUCCGUCCUGGCACAGAUCAACAACCCUUUCAUUGUGCCAUUGAAGUUCUCAUUCCAGUCUCCGGACAAGCUGUAUCUUGUCUUGGCUUUUGUCAACGGGGGCGAAUUGUUUCACCAUCUGCAGAAGGAGCAGCGAUUCGAUAUUAACAGAUCGAGAUUUUAUGCCGCCGAACUUCUUUGCGCCCUGGAGUGCUUACAUGGGUUUGGUGUCAUCUAUCGAGACCUGAAGCCCGAGAACAUUUUGGUGGACUACGUUGGACACAUCGCCCUAUGUGACUUCGGACUUUGCAAACUUGACAUGAAAGAUGAGGACAAGACCAACACCUUUUGCGGAACGCCCGAGUACUUGGCACCUGAACUGCUGCAUGGACAGGGUUACACCAAAGCCGUAGAUUGGUGGACCUUGGGCGUGCUCCUCUACGAGAUGUUGACUGGUCUGCCACCUUUCUACGACGAGAACACGAAUGAAAUGUAUCGCAAGAUUCUGUCGGAGCCGCUACAGUUCCCAGGGCCUGAGAUCGUGCCUCCGGCCGCUCGAGAUUUGCUUAGCAAGCUGCUCGAUAGAGAUGCAACGAGGAGAUUGGGCACUAAUGGCGCCGCUGAGAUCAAGGCACACCCCUUCUUCCAUAGCAUCGACUGGCGAAAACUGUUAGACCGCAAGUACGAACCUAGCUUCAAGCCAAAUGUGGUCGACGAGCUCGACACAGCCAACUUCGAUAAAGAGUUUACAUCGGAAGCGCCAACUGAUUCUUACGUGGAAGGCCCGAUGCUGUCACAGACCAUGCAGCAACAGUUCGCAGGCUGGUCGUACAACCGGCCGGUGGAGGGUCUUGGUGAUGCAGGAGGCAGCAUUGCACGUGGCAGCGGCUUUGACCAGAGGUAGGUGCCUUUCUCGAGUGUCAGGAGAGAGCACAAGACUUCGGUGUGGGCAUUCGUCGGCACGCGAUAGAGAUGAUGCUGGGGAGGAGUCUGAAAGAAGAAGAAGAAGAAGAAGAAGAAGAAGAAGAAGAAGAAGAAGAAGAAGGAAGAGUUCUUCUGGCGGAUAUGAUUACGAUGACCUCGAAGACAAUCGCAAAGUCACCGUCCGUAGCUCCUCUCCGGAAAAUUAGCCGCCCACGCCGGUCCUUCAGGCUUGGGCAUAGACAGCACGAACACGGAUGUCGGGAACGAAUCGACUCUUGUUCUCAGCUGCUCAUAUUUCGCCCCUCACAGACCAGCCACUAUCAGCGUGCACGAAAACGCGCUUCUGGUAUAUUUCGUGGACGCAGUGAGCGAUUCUGCGAGACACCCCUGUUUAGACCCAUUAGGGCGUGUCCGUUGGUCAAU